AUGCAGUCUCUACACUCUUUUCUGAUCUUAUUCCUUGUCACGUACACCCUCGGGUUUCGUCCAACCUCGGGCAACCGUCCCCAAAUCACAGGCACCGACAUCUGGCCCUUUAUCCGAGAUGUCCUCGAGGCCUUUUCACGCCUGAAUGGAGCGUGGCCUCCCGAGGUCCGUUCAUAUAAGACCCUCGAAGAUUUUGCUGGCAUUUUAUCAGCACCUUCAGCCUCUCCACGGAAUACCACACAAUCGCCAGGCAUCACCAAAUGGAAAAGCCCUUAUGUUAAUACUUCGGCCCCCGACCUUCGACUGUCUACGUUGACAAGCAAUCUACUCGACACCGAAGCAAAGGAGCCCAAGGCCGUCUUCGCUCACUUCAUGCUUGAAAAUGCCAAAGACUGGACUGUUGGGGAAUGGGAAGACGAAAUAAAAAUCGCUCAGUCGGCUCAUAUUGAUGGAUUUGCGCUCAACUUUGCCAACGAUGAUGACCUGGAACGCCUUUUACUUGAGAUUCUGAAGGCCAUGGUGGCGGCCAAAAGGCGGGCCUUUAAGAUGAUUUUUUCAUUUGAUUACGCAGGCAAUGGUCCUUUUUUGAUCGACUCAGUUGUCACUAUACUCGAAUUCGCACCCCUGGCAGAAUAUUACAAGUACCGAGGAAAGCCGCUGGUCUCGACAUUUGAAGGCCCGGCAAACGCCAAGGACUGGAUCGAAAUCAAGAAAAGGGCCGAUUGUUUCUUCAUGCCGGACUGGUCUUCGUUAGGAGCCAAGGAUGCCCUGGCCCUUGGAACCGCUGAUGGGCUAUUCAGUUGGGCAGCAUGGCCUUGGGGAAACACCAACAUGGAUACAUAUGUCGACGCCUCAUAUCUCGACUUCUUGGGCAGGGCUGGGAACAAGCCUUAUAUGAUGCCCGUGUCGCCGUGGUUUUAUACCAACUUGCCCGGCUAUAAGAAGAAUUGGCUCUGGCGCGGAGACGACCUGUGGAGGGAUCGAUGGGAAGAGGUCAUGGUCGUCCAGCCAGACCUUGUCCAGAUCAUUAGCUGGAACGACUUUGGGGAGUCCCACUAUAUCGGUCCGCUGCCGAAGGGCAAGUACAGGGCGUUUGAGAUUGGCAGAGCUCCCUACGACUACAUCACCGGGAUGCCCCACGAUGCCUGGCGCAAUCUUCUUCCCUACUGGAUUGACACGUACAAGAACGGCAAGGCAUCAAUCUCACAGGAGCUGGUGGUUGCCUGGUAUCGGCCGAACCCUGCCGCGGCUUGCAAUGACGGUGGGACAUCUGGCAACACCGCUCUGCAGCUUCAGAUCGAGUUCCCUCCUGCCGAGGUUGCGCAGGACAAGGUCUUCUUCUCAGCCGUUCUGACCUCCGACGCUACGGUAUCCGUGACGGUUGGUGGAGUAGCUCUUCCCGCGAAGUGGGAAAAGAAACCCAGCGGCGGUGUGGGUGUCUACCACGGAAGUGUGGCAUACGGCGGUCAUCGCGGGCCCGUCAAAGUCACUGUUUCACGCUCCGGUAGCACCAUUGCGUCCUUCACUGGGACUGACAUCACCACAAGCUGCACUGAUGGUUACACCAACUGGAACGCCUGGGUGGGGAGUGCCACAGGGCCGAAUCUGGCGACAGCAGUUUCGCCCAAGCUCGCGGUGGACGAACAAAAGUGCGUCAAGGGUACCGCAAAGGGCAACUUUCAAGGCCUCUGUGAGUUCACCUGCCAGUACGGGUACUGCCCUAUUGGCGCCUGUGUCUGCCUUGAGCUCGGACCGCCCAAGGAGCUCCCCAAACCAACUGGAGUCAAGGGAUACCCGAUCGCAGGCGAAGGGUCCAGCUACAUUGGCCUCUGCGAUUUCGCCUGCAAUUACGGCUACUGCCCGCCCAAUGCAUGCGGAACAACCGAAGUUGUGUUGACCGAGCCCACUGUGUCGCCGUUCCUCCCACCGGCCUGCACUUCUGGCAAGGGUAAGGAUAACUUCAUCGGUCUUUGCCAGUAUGCCUGCGACUUUGGAUUCUGUCCGAUCAAGCAUUGCACCUGCACCUCAACUGGGACACUUGUACUCCCGCCUCCCGCGGACACCGACUACAACGGUACGUGGAUACUCGAUGGCGACGACGCCGGGCUGUGUACCUUUGCGUGUUCUCGCAACUACUGUCCCGAGACGGCGUGCCGGAGGGGCCGGGUCGACGAGGUCCCGAUGUGCAAUGAUGAUUCCACGGAUCCAAAAUGCAUGGAGGACGCCGAGGCAUGCGAUGUUUCCCUCACGUUCAAUACCUGGAGCGAGCUCGAGAAGGCAAAGGACACAAUCCCAAGCGGCUGCAUGGGGAUCCAUUCGAUGCAGGUGCUGCUGAAGAUUCUGAAGGACACAAAGGCCAACUACACGUCCGUGGACAACGAUUACGACUAUUGGUUCGGUUACUAUCUCAAAUACAUGGACCGGGUCGUGCCGGAGCAGAUCCGGAACUUCGUAUCUUGGGGGGACAAGGGCCCCGGUAACAAGUACUUUGAUUGCACCCUGCUAGACGGGGAGCCUCACGAACCUGAGACCUGCCCUGUCUACGGGCACUCCCCCAUCUACACAAUCGACUACGACCUCAAGGACGAGACAGGGUUCUGGGCGGCCGUGGACGAGCGGAAUAUUCUGAAGGAGUGGAUCACUUUUGAGGACUACGACGUGUCGACACCCUGUAUCCCCGCCCCUCCUCCGAACAAUUGUCAAGACAGCAAGAUCAGUUUCCGCGACGCUCCGCGCGCCGCUGGCAACAUUACCUUCGCCAACCCAAAGGACAUCAUAACACAGAGUAACGGCCGGUUCGACCAGCUUGAGCUGGACAUUGCGAUCACCUGGACCGAAAUGAUGUUCGGCAUCUGGGACGGAGACCACGAGGAUACAGUGGAAGCUUUGUCGCUGCCCGUCUUUAUGCUCGCGCAGGCCGUUGACUCGAUGGAGCAAGUCAAGCAGCUCGGCAAGGAGGAGAAGGAGCACGAGGAGGAAGAGCUAAUCAUGAACAUCGUCACUGCGAUUCUCUCCGUCCUGCCGUUCGCCGGUUCGAUCAUCGGAAGGAUCGCGGGCAUCGCUUGGAUGACGCAGGCAGUCAUCGUGGUGGAGCUUGUGGGAAGCACGGCGCUGAGUGUGUACGAUGUCGUCAAAAACGAGGGCAACCCAGCAAUGGCGGUGCUAGGCAUGCUUCUGGGUGCUGCUGGCGCCAGGACCGGAAGGAACUAUGCUUCGGCUGCCGUCAAGCGUCGGGAAAUCGAUGUCGCGGAUAUCGGCAAGCUGGGAGACGUGUUCAAGCGGCACGACGAUGCGUUUCGGAAGAUCAUCCCCGCCAAUCGGUUCUGUGCGGCUUGA